UUGUGGACCAAUGAGAAAGCUGCUUGGCAAUCGGCAUUCGUUUGUUAACCACCAUGACCGAGGACACGACCGAUCAUGAAAACUCCAACGAAUCAACGCCCCAGGUCACUGAGGGAUGUCGGAUGCCCGUUCGCAUGCGGAACAGUAACGACUGGCCACUUGCUGAAAUACUGAGCAUCAAGGAGUUACCUGACAAUCAAUGCCUGUACUACGUUCACUUCAUUGAUUACAACAAGCGUCUCGAUGAAUGGGUGACAGUCGAGCGCUUGGACCUGAAGAAGCUGCAACUGCCUCGGAAAGAGAACAAGACUCCGCUGAAGGACGUCAAGAAUGGCUCUCGGCCCUGCUCACCGGACUUGCUGGCUGCAACGUCUGUGGUGGACGUGUGGCCACAAAAGUCCCCAGCAGAGGCCAAGGUUCCAGUGAAGGAGGCCCUCCCACCGGCCAGCGCGGCGGAAUCGUGGGCCGAGAAAUCGCCCGACGAGCCGGCCCCAUCCGCAUCCGUGAAAGAUACCAAGGAGAACUCCGAGGUUUGGAGCAAGAAGGCUAGGACAUCCGAAGUGAGCAAAGCAGUCAAGGAGAAUGGAGCUCCACCAAAGAAAGCAGCGGGAAGGAAGAGGAAAUUUCCUCCCACCGAAAACGAGGCUGUGCCUCCAGUAGUGGCCACGCAGGACUCCCAGGACUCGUCCACACCGUGCCCACGCUCGACGGGCAGCAUGGUGGCCCACCAUGACGACAUCGUGACGAGGAUGAAGAACAUUGAGAUGAUCGAGCUGGGCCGCAAUCGCAUCAGGCCAUGGUACUUCUCUCCAUACCCACAGGAACUAGUCAACUCGUGCAUUUACCUCUGUGAGUUCUGCCUAAAGUACACAAAGUCCCGAACCUGUCUCAAGCGACAUCUGGCCAAAUGCACGCUCAAGCAUCCGCCGGGAAAUGAGAUCUACCGCAAGGGAAACUACUCUUUCUUUGAGAUAGACGGCCGCAAGAACAAGAUGUAUGCACAGAACCUCUGUUUGCUUGCCAAGUGUUUCCUUGAUCACAAGACGCUUUACUAUGACACGGACCCAUUCCUCUUUUAUGUCAUGACCGAGGUCGACAGUCGUGGCUACCAUCUCGUCGGAUAUUUCUCAAAGGAGAAAGAGUCAACAGAAGACUACAAUGUAGCCUGCAUCUUGACACUGCCACCCUACCAGAGGAAAGGAUUUGGCAAGCUGCUGAUUGAGUUCAGUUAUGAACUGUCCAAGUUUGAAGGCAAGACGGGCUCCCCUGAGAAGCCACUUUCGGACCUGGGGCUGCUGUCGUACCGCUCGUACUGGUCCGAAACCAUCCUCGAGAUCAUGAUCAAUAUGACUCCCAAUGAGGCAGGAGAGAAGCCACAGAUCACAAUUCAUGAAAUGAGCGAGUUGACGAGCAUCAAGAAGGAGGACGUGAUAUCAACACUACAGUACCUGAACCUGAUCAACUACUACAAGGGCCAGUACAUCAUAACCCUGACCCAGGAGGUGAUCGAGGCAUACGAGCGGGCGGCCCUAAAACGGCCCCUGCGGAUCGACCCCAAGUGCCUGCACUGGACGCCCAAGGACUGGUCCAAGCGUGGCAAAUGACUGCCAGCGACUUCGGCCGCACGCCCUGCUCUGCAGGAGUGACAGUGCCCUUGUCCACCACCAGGCACCGGAGUGCUCUUCACGUGGCAUGCUGUUGGUGCCAAAGCCAUCCUGUCGUCUGCUCCUUCAGCAUCUUCAACAAAAAGCAGUGGGGUAU